AGUCUCGCAAACUGCAGGUUUUCGGGACUCGCGACCGCAGCGUGAGACAGAGCCCAACGGUCUCCCGUGCCAGGCCCUGCCCGUGCGGGCCCCCCGGGCAGAGCUGCACCUGCACGGCCUCGGGGGCGGCAGCAGCGACAGGUGCCGAGCCCGGGCGCAGGCAGCGGGUUCGCCCUCUCCGAGCCAGUGACGAUGCCCGCGGUGCAGAAAACCGUGUCCGAGAUCCGCUCCAGAGCGGAGGGCUACGGGAAGACAGAUGAUGUUUCAGAGAAAACUUCACUCGCUGAUCAAGAGGAAGUGAGAACUGUAUUCAUCAAUCAGCCCCAGUUGACCAAAUUCUGCAAUAAUCAUGUCAGCACUGCAAAAUACAAUAUAAUCACAUUCCUGCCAAGGUUUCUUUAUUCCCAGUUCAGAAGAGCUGCUAAUGCAUUUUUUCUUUUUAUUGCAUUACUUCAGCAAAUUCCAGAUGUGUCGCCAACGGGUCGUUAUACAACAUUGGUUCCUCUGUUAUUUAUUUUAGCUGUAGCAGCAGUCAAAGAAAUCAUAGAAGAUCUUAAAAGACAUAAAGCUGAUAAUGCAGUGAACAAGAAACAAACACAAGUAUUGAGAAAUGGUGCUUGGGAGAUUGUCCAUUGGGAAAAGGUAGAUGUUGGAGAUAUAGUUGUAAUAAAAGGCAAAGAGUAUAUACCUGCUGACACUGUACUUCUCUCAUCAAGUGAGCCACAAGCCAUGUGCUACAUUGAAACAUCAAAUUUAGAUGGUGAAACAAACCUAAAAAUUCGACAGGGUUUGCCAUUGACAGCGGAUAUAAAAGACAUUGACAGUUUGAUGAUACUUUUGGGCAGAAUUGAAUGUGAAAGCCCAAAUCGACAUCUCUAUGAUUUUGUUGGAAAUAUCAGACUAGAUGGGCAUGGUACUGUUCCACUGGGACCUGACCAAAUUCUUUUACGAGGCGCUCAACUAAGAAAUACCCAGUGGGUUCAUGGAAUAGUUGUCUAUACUGGACAUGAUACAAAACUCAUGCAGAAUUCAACAAGCCCGCCUCUUAAACUUUCCAAUGUGGAACGAAUUACAAAUAUUCAGAUCUUGAUUUUGUUCUGCAUUCUUAUGGCCAUGUCUUUAAUCUGUUCUAUUGGUUCAGCUAUAUGGAAUCGAAGGCAUGGCCAAAGGGACUGGUAUCUCAAUCUAAACUAUGGUGGAGCUAACAAUUUUGGACUGAAUUUCUUGACCUUUAUCAUUCUCUUCAAUAAUCUCAUUCCAAUCAGUUUGUUGGUUACACUAGAAGUUGUUAAAUUUAUCCAGGCAUAUUUCAUAAAUUGGGAUAUAGACAUGCACUACGAACCUACAGACACUGCCUCCAUGGCUCGUACAUCCAAUCUCAAUGAAGAACUUGGCCAGGUCAAAUACAUAUUUUCUGACAAAACUGGUACCCUGACUUGCAAUGUAAUGCAAUUUAAGAAGUGCACCAUAGCAGGAAUUGCUUACGGUCAGGGCUCACAGACUGGAGAAGAGAAACCAUUUAGUGAUCCAUCACUGCUGGAGAAUCUCCAAAGCAAUCAUCCAACUGCACCUAUAAUUUGCGAGUUUCUAACAAUGAUGGCAGUGUGUCACACAGCUGUUCCAGAAAGAGAAGGUGAUAAGAUUAUAUAUCAAGCAGCAUCUCCAGAUGAAGGAGCAUUGGUCAGAGCAGCCAAACAACUUCGUUUUGUAUUCACUGGAAGGACACCUGACUCGGUAAUUAUAGACUCUCUUGGCCAUGAGGAAAGAUAUGAAUUGCUAAAUGUGCUGGAAUUUACAAGCACUAGGAAAAGAAUGUCUGUGAUUGUUCGCACACCAACAGGGAAAUUAAGACUCUACUGUAAAGGAGCUGACACAGUUAUUUAUGACCGUCUGGCCGAGAGUUCCAAAUACAAAGAAAUUACUUUAAAACAUUUAGAGCAGUUUGCUACAGAAGGUUUAAGAACUCUCUGUUUUGCUGUUACUGAGAUAUCAGAAAGCGAAUAUCAAGAGUGGCUAGAUGUCUAUCAUCGAGCGUCAACAUCUAUACAAAACAGAGCACUGAAGCUUGAGGAGAGUUAUGAACUAGUUGAAAAAAAUCUUCAACUGCUCGGAGCUACAGCCAUUGAAGAUAAGCUGCAAGACAAAGUGCCUGAAACCAUAGAAACUCUAAUGAAAGCAGACAUCAAAAUUUGGAUUCUUACUGGGGACAAACAAGAGACUGCUAUUAACAUUGGUCACUCAUGUAAACUUUUGAAAAAGAACAUGGGACUCAUUGUUAUCAAUGAAGGGUCUCUUGAUGGAACAAGAGAGACCCUAAGUCGUCAUUGCAGUACUCUUGGUGAUGCUUUGAGGAAGGAAAAUGACUUUGCUCUUAUAAUUGAUGGUAAAACACUGAAGUAUGCCUUAACAUUUGGAGUAAGACAGUAUUUCCUGGAUUUGGCUUUGUCAUGUAAAGCUGUUAUUUGUUGCAGGGUGUCUCCUCUUCAGAAAUCUGAAGUAGUAGAAAUGGUAAAAAAACAGGUUAAAGUAGUAACACUGGCUAUUGGUGAUGGAGCAAAUGAUGUUAGUAUGAUACAGACAGCACAUGUUGGCGUUGGUAUUAGUGGAAAUGAAGGGCUACAGGCAGCUAAUUCUUCGGAUUACUCCAUAGCACAGUUCAGAUAUCUGACGAACUUGUUGUUGGUUCAUGGUGCUUGGAACUACAGCAGAAUAGCUAAAUGCAUCUUGUACUGUUUCUACAAGAAUAUAGUCCUUUAUAUUAUUGAGAUCUGGUUUGCUUUUGUUAACGGCUUUUCUGGACAAAUUCUUUUUGAAAGAUGGUGUAUAGGUCUUUACAAUGUGAUAUUUACAGCUAUGCCACCACUGACUCUCGGAAUAUUUGAGAGAUCCUGCCGAAAGGAAAAUAUGCUGAAAUAUCCAGAAUUAUACAAGACUUCUCAAAAUGCCCUGGACUUUAACACAAAGGUUUUCUGGGUUCAUUGUUUAAAUGGCCUCUUCCACUCAGUUAUUCUGUUUUGGUUUCCACUAAAAGCCUUCCACUAUGGCACUGUAUUUGGCAAUGGUAAAACUUCAGACUACCUGCUCUUGGGAAACAUUGUUUACACUUUUGUAGUGAUAACAGUGUGUUUAAAAGCUGGAUUAGAGACUUCAUAUUGGACCUUGUUUAGCCAUAUAGCAAUAUGGGGAAGCAUUGCACUUUGGGUAGUGUUUUUUGGAGUCUACUCGUCCUUGUGGCCUGUCAUUCCUAUGGCACCUGACAUGUCCGGGGAGGCAGUUAUGUUGUUCAGCUCUGGAGUCUUUUGGAUGGGUCUGUUAUGUAUUCCUGUGACAGCUUUGCUUUUUGACGUCGUAUACAAAGUAAUCAAGAGAGCUACUUUUAAGACACUGGUAGAUGAAGUUCAGGAGUUGGAAGCAAAAUCUCAAGAUCCAGGGGCAGUUGUGCAUGGCAAGAGCUUAACUGAAAGAGCUCAACUACUGAAGAAUGUCUUUAAGAAGAGUCCUGUGAACUUGUACCGCUCUGAAUCUCUGCAGCAGAACUUGCUUCAUGGCUAUGCGUUCUCUCAAGAUGAAAAUGGAAUAGUUUCCCAAUCUGAAGUAAUAAGAGCUUAUGAUACCACAAAACAAAGACCUGAUGAAUGGUGAAGGAAUACAGCUUGCAACAGAGAGCCUUUAGAAUUACUUAAGUAAGACAAACUACUAGAUCUUUGCUAGGGUCUGCUAGCAGGAUCCAGUCACAAAGAUUACAGGAAGAUCCAUGAUGAUCUUGUUUCAUAAAGUUUGGAUUAGUGUAUUCAAUAGACAUAAGCACUGUGCAACUCUACUGUAACACACCAUCUCUUUACAUUUUUCACAAGUAUUUGCUUUGUCUUCGUAAACAGGGGUUGAAAAUUACCUUGUGUUUUGCCAGAUCACUUAUUUACGAGGCUGAAUCAGUAUUGUUCAUAUAUCAUAUUACUUGGAGCGUCAUUAAUGGUCAGAUUACCACUAUACAUAAAUUAUUAACAUUUGUGCAAGUUCAUAAGUGGCUAUACAUUUAAAGUACAGUUGAUAACAAGCCUUUGAUUUCAACAAGUGCUGACUAGCCAACAUUUUAAUGGUGUUAACUCACCUUAUUAAGCAAGAUUUCAAACCAAGGUGUUUGUGUCAAACUAGCCUAAAAAAUAUGUUUGCCAAAGAAGUUCCAUAAUUGCAGUUCUCAAGAAUCUCCAGUAGUCAUUUGCAGAGAAAUUUAAAAGGAAAUUAAUUUAAAGUCCUGAUGUCAGAAAUGCAUGCUUGAUUCUCCAUACUUGAUAAAAAUACAGCAUAAUGAGCCUAAUUGGAGUUGCCUUUAUGGUACUUGCUUUCAGAUCUGUGAAACUUUGCAUCUUCGGUCUGAUACAAGCUUUUUAUUUUUUAUUGUUUAAUACGGCUGCCACUUUUUAGUAUGGUGCUCUUAUUUCCAAGUUUUGUUCAAAUUACAAACAAAAUGAAAAUUGCUGUCUUACCUUUCUUCACCAUAAUUUUAGCCAUUUUUGCAAUGCUUGUGCUUUAUAUGCACACCUGGUCACAAUUUGAUCAGAAAAGUUUGUCCUAAUUCAUAAAGACAGAUUAGCUAUUUAUGGGCUUUUAUUCUAAAGUUAUCUAGAACAUGACUUGUUAAAGCAAUGUAUGCCUUUUAGCUCUGUGUGGUGUGUACUCUUCCAUUUGCACCAGAGUCACCUCCUACUAUGCACUCAAAUAUACUGAAGUAGUUCUUUACAGCUUAUUUGUCACUAGCAAACCUCCAUACUUUCAGCUUUUAACAAAAAUGGAGGGAAAAUGCACAAAAGAAAACAAAAUUUUCCACAAUUUGCUCAACUCAGCAGUGUAAAAGUUACACUUCUCACCAAGAGUACACUGUAAUUAGAAAUUUUAAAAAAUUAAUUACAUUUGGUCUGUCUCCGCCCAAUAUUAAAUGAUGGCCUAACUUCAGAUGUUACGUUUAUUUGUGACAAUGGCACAAUCAGAGUCCAAUUUAACUUUUUUUUAAAGUUUGUCUGUUUUAAUACUGACCUAAAGUCCACUAUAAUAAUUUAAUUUUAAUUUUAUUUUAUAUGGAGAAAAUGCUUCUUAAUUUUUAAAUUUUUCAGACUGGUAGGCUAAGUAAAAUAGAUACAGUUUUUCUUUGAACGUCAGUUGUCUGAGAAUGGAACAGAAAUUUUCCCAUUCUCCUUUCAGGUUAUUAAGAACUUCAUUCUUAUCACUUUUUGUCCUCAAAAUCAUCCAAUCUAGAUUGUAAAUAACAAGCAGUAUAUCUCUUCAGCUGUUCCAUAUCCUACCAAUAAUUUCUUGACUAUUCAUAUACUUAUUAAGAUUAAAACUUUGUCCCCUGGCCUUUCAGCACUAUGCAGGCUCCACAUCUCACUUCACUACACUACACAACUUCCUGACCUCUCAUUUUGAGAAAAUAUACAAAUCCCAUCAUACUUCAAAGCCCCAGCAAGGAAGACACCAUAUGAAAGUACAUACUUAGGAGGACAAAUUGAUGGAACGGCCCUCCACAUUUCAUAUGUAUGUUAUGCAUUCUCUUCCUCUCCCUUUCCCUGAGUGAUCUUUAAACACAAGAGAACACAGAAGAAACAGGGACAAAGAAAACGUAUUCCACUAGAAACAGCACUGUUAGUCAGUCAUGCAGAGAAGAGCUGCCUUCAGAAAAGCCAUUUCAGGCAUAGAUAAAUAGAUGGAUCAAUAUGGGAGGGCCAUAUCACUUGACCUAAGGCAAGAAAAAAAAUUGGGGGCAUGCCUCUUUCUUAAAAUAUGGAUCCCUAUUUUUGACAUCCAUCAGAGAAUGACUGAUUUCAACAAAUUUCUUAAAUGACAUUCCUCAGUGACUUAACUAAUAUAAAACAAUUCAGUCCCUGCCUCUUUUUAAAAGUAAAUGCAUUUUUAAAAAUCCUUUUCAGUUGUAAAAGGCAUAAAUAUUGAUUUGGCAAAAAUUAUGCAAAGCAAAGAAAUGUAGUGCAAACCAUUGUAUUGUGAUGAAAUUUACAAGCAGCUUCACUUAUCCUGGGUUUACCUUGCUAUAAAAUAAAGCAUGCUAUAUUUACAAGAAUUCAGACAAUUAAGAUGCCCAGCUACCUACAGCUGGUGACACAAAUGACACACAAUUUAGUCCCAUUCCACUUUUCUUUAUUGUUAAGAAGAUAGAGAGCUAUUAGCACAUCUUGUUGAGACCCUGGGCUCAUAUUGGAAUUCUGGCUGGUGAUGUUGCAUUAUGUUAUAUGUUGCUCUAUUUCCAAAGCAGGUGUAAGUUCAUCACCAUGUGUGUCAUCCUUGUGUGAUUUUACACAUUUUAAUUUUAAGUAGUGCCCCACAAAAUGUAUUUUGAGUUUGAGUUUGUAUAUGUACAUUUAUUCCCUAAUUGUAAGUCUGUUUUGGAUAUAUUUUUACACAUACUAGAUGUUGCUUAUUGUCUUAUGGUAAUCAAUUGUGAGAUAAUAGUCCUGCUUAGAAAGUUAGUAAAAAAAUGCUUUUUUACUGCUUAUACACUUCCACUUCAAAAUAUAAGAUCACCUCAGCAAAAUGUGCCUGUGUAAAACAGAUUUAAAAAAAAAUCAGUUCAGGUAUACAAUACACAGUUUAUUUGCACAGUGUUAAAGUGCACAGAAAGAUAGUAUAUUAUUUAUUUAGUAUACCAUGUGUUUGUUUAUUUGAGCCAUUGGUUAUACAGGUAUUUAUUUUAAUGAAAAAAUAGUUUAGUCAAGUUACAAUAGCUAAUAAUAAUGCAUUUAUUCUGAUCACUUAAACCUUUAGUUUUGUGUGAAUAAAGUCCAAUAUGGAAUUCACAUGGUAAUUUGCAGUCUGCCUUAUGUGCACUGCAUGACAAUUACAAACUAUCAUUAAAAAAUGUUUCUUCAAUUAAGCCAAAACAGUGCCAGUCAGAAAUCAAUUGAUCUUGUGUGCAUAUUGUUAUUUUAAUUACUUAUAAGAAUGCAAUAGUUAUUCAAAGGUUAAUUAAUUGUUAAGAAAUUUUAUUAAGCUUAAUCAUCAUUUGUAUUUGGACUUUCUUUUGCCAUUUCCUGAUUUUAGGCUUAUAUGUGGAAAGCAGCCUCAAUAGAUUUAUAAUAAAUCAUCUUUCUAUUUGUGUAAAAAUGACAGAGAAAAUAUUUUGAGACAGUAACAGAUAGCUAAAGUUUCCUAUAAACCCCAUAAAAAUCCACAAUAUCACAAAAAAAUAUUUUACAAAAUGUCACAAGGAUCUCCCUUUGUUGCCUUAACCUUGAAUUAGAAUGUACAUUAAAUUGAAGGAAGGGAAAAUAGUGUUUUCCUAUUUUUUUAUCUUGAUUUAUACUGUAUAAAAGCAGCUGCAAUUUUGAUGAGUUAAUCAUCCUGUCUGCAUGAAUUAAUAUUUUAAAGUUUUCUGAGCUAAUACAUGGUUGUUGCAGUUGUCAUUUUUCUGCCUUCAUUUAUAGAGUCACAACAUAAUGUAUCCAGAAGUUAAUGAUCUGGAAGUUAAUUAAGUGGUCAGUUCAACUUUGUUAGUACUGGGUAUAUUCUUUCCUAGCAAAACUCAACAAAUGUUGUCCGAUACAUCUUCAUUAAACAAGGAAUAUUUUAGCAUUCCAAAAACUUGUCCUGAUCCUGCAAACCCUUUCUCCCAUUGGCUUCAGUAGUUAUAUGAAUAAAGACUACUUGUGUGAGUAAGAAUUUGCAAGAUUGGGCCCUUUGUUUUUUAUGUAUUUUGAAUUAAACAUAAGUUUUUUCAUACAUACAACAAUUAGUAAUUGCAAAGCUGUGAUCAGAACAUGUAAAGCUAAAAUCAUGUUUUAGUGUUUCUUUAUUCUAGACUAGAAGCCAUAGAUGCAUUAAUACUGUUUUUCUCGUUUGACUUGAUUUUUCAUUAAGUAUUUCAGUGUUUCAAAAGUAUAAACUGCUGUGAAAGGCAGCUACUAUGUCAAAGCAAAGUUUGCAUUCAAGGUAGGGUAGGACUUUCCAGCUCCACUGAACCAUUACUGCUGAAACUGUUGUGGAAAUUGUGAAGCUGCAUGAAUGGAGAGUUUUUGACUCAGUGUUUAUGGUAGUUUUUCUCAGGUUUAGUUUUAACUGGACAUUAAAUGCCCUGUGUGUUUUAUUAAAUUUUAGUAACGCUUUCAGUUCUAUGCAGUGUUACAUGUCAUUGGCAUUUUGUGAAUGUGCAUGUUUUGAACUGCAAAUUUUUAAUGUUUUGUCUUUUAAUUGUUAUUAAAAAUUGAAUAAACUUUGCCAUUAAAUA